CCUGGACAAGCUUGAAAUGGCGUCGUUGGUGAUGAGUAAAUUUAAACUUUAAACAAUGUCACAAACAAAACGAUAAUAGAAAAUAUCACUAUACAAAGUAGUUGAAUGUACAAUGCCUUCAGGAAAACCACGUUCAAAAGAUGACACCUGGACGACAGAUGAAUUAUCUAGAGCCCUUAAGGGAAACCGGGAUGACUUGGAGAGGAAGAGACAUCGCCGCGAUGCAGAUGAGAAGCACCGACACCAUGACGACGAUGAAGGAAGAGAUCGCCGGAGACGUAAAGAUGAACUGAACGGCCAUGACGCCCGGCGACGCCCACCUGUCGAUGACGAAAAGAAAACGCCCCAGAAAGAGAGCACCAACGACGGACGAAGAAGGCGUAAUUUUUCUCCUGAACCCGACGUACACAUCACAGAGGAAGAAAGAGAGAGGCAGAGACGAGAAAGGCGAGAGAAACGGGAGAGGAAAGAAGGAAAAACGGACGACAAACGAAGGCCAAAGAAGGAAGAGAAGCCGCUGAUUAUUAACGAUGACGGUGGCGAUUACGAUCGCAGACGUCGGGACAAAGACAACGGUGAUAAUCGGAAACACCGGGACCGGAGAGAGGACGAAGUGAGACGGGCUGAUGAUGAAGACGAUUACCGAAAACGACACAGGGACGACGACCACCGACGUCACAGAGACGAUGAAAAUGACAGACGUGACAAGCAUAGGCGUGAAAAAGACAAGGAAUCAAAACACAAAAAAGAAAAUGGUGUAGAAGAAAAACGUGAACGACGGAAGGAUGAACGAAGAGACAAAGAUCGAGACAGACAAAGAGACAGAGAUAGGGAUGAACAAAAGGACAGAGAUCGAGAUAAACACAGGGAUAGAGAGAGGGAUGAACGAAAAGACAGAGAUCGGGAUAGACACAGGGAUAGAGAGAGGGAUGAACGAAAAGACAGAGAUCGGGAUAGACACAGGGAUAGAGAGAGGGAUGAACAAAAAGACAAAGAUCAAGAUAGACACAAACGGAAAGAUAAAGAUGAGCGAAGGAGCAGCAUAAAGGCCGAUGACGAACAAAGGAGUACAGAAAAGUCUGGCAAUAGGAGAACUAACUUGGAACAAAAGGCACCUGCACCUAACAAGCCCGACACCGAUUCCGAGCCCGACGAAGAGGAGCCUUAUUACGAGGAUGAUUUUGAGGAUUAUGAAGAAGAUUUUGAAGAAGAUGAAGAUGAAGCAGGAAAAAAGGAAGGUGAGAUGGAUGAGGUGUUGAAGGCACUGGAUGAAGAAAACAAUCGACUUCAAGUGGAGUCACAUCGGAGCAACUGGUCUGACUCGACUGAGCUUUCUGACGAGCGUUUCCGAGACACCCCUCCGAAUGCGUCACGAAGCCACACAUUUAUUAACUUUGUGUCCGCCAAAGAGCGUGUGCUGAGUCACACGAUGGCCAGCAAGACGAGGAGGCGAGCCGAGGACCUCGCGUCCAUGAUAGAGCUGGACACCGUGGCAUACGACAUGUUUGACAUGCACCCGGUCAAGGAGUACGAACUCUACAUCCGCAGCUUCGGGAGGUCAAACACAAAACAGGUGUACGUGCAGACAAACGAAGACAACCUUGACCACGAGGCCCAGACGGACGACGUGGACACGAAGGACAAGUGGACACAGAACCCGGCCGAAGAUCUCGUAGACUGUGGAGGUGAUGGCAUCGAUUCUGAAGAUGUGAGGAAAGACAUUUCCAGUGGUAAACACGUGGAGAUAGCACGAUUAGGAAUGUUCUUAGAAAGAGCAAGUCAGACUAUUGGUAUUCUGCUGGAAGAGGAACUCGAAUCACAAGAGGGAGGAAACCUGCUCAACACACAGUCCUGUAUCGCUGUCAGCGAUGGCUACUCACAGCUCGGCACCAGCAAAGUGCUGCAAGGGCGUCACGUGGUUUGUGCAUGUUUCUGUCCGAGUCAGCCAGACAUGUUACUGACAAUGCACAGUACUCCAACAGAGAAUUCUGCCAGCACUCCAGAGAGUAGGUUCGGUGUAUUGUGUGUGUGGAAUGUUGGCGAACUCUCGUCACCUCAAAAGAUUCUUGGCUGCAAUUCUCAGCCCACAUGCUGCUGUUUCAGUCCUUCAAAGGCUACCCUGGCCUUCUCGGGGAUGGUUGAUGGAUCAGUUGCUGUGUGGGAUCUCCGGGAACCAGUGUCGAUGCAUCGGGCGGUGAAAACGGAGAGCGGUCCUGUCCGCUUUCCUACCUUUAACACAGCUGGGAUAGCAGAGACUGACAACCACCACAGUCCCGUCGUGUCCAUCACACCUGUGUUCUCUGUGAUGGCCAGUUCUCAGAAAAAUGAAAAUGUUAAUGAUGUCAGUACCGGUCUUUCAUUCCAGUUGGCUACAUUAGAAGAAAACGGAAUUGUUUGUUUAUGGGUGAUUGCCGAAAUUUCGAACCCUGAUGCAGCAGGUUCCGAACACGAUCUUGGACUGGCACCGGGAGGACGUAUAAAGCUGCUGAAAAGUUCCUCAAUUACAAUAGAAAACCCUCGCAAGGAAAUUCGAGUGAAAACCAGUUUGCAUACGAGUGAGCUACAGUUAAUGCCAUCCGACCUGAAUCACUUUUACGUGGCAACGGAUUGUGGGUCCAUUGUCCAUGGUGUCAGAUUUGGAACUCGUGUUUUUCCUAGAGCUUAUUCCACUGUGACAGAAUCUCCAGUGACGGUCACGUCCAUUGAUAUUUCUCCCUUUACCACGUCGUACAUUAUUGCUGGUUGUGACGAUGGGUCUCUGCAUAUCUACCACACAAAAUUACAGAACCCGUUGAUAUCUCUGGUGGAGUUCUCGCAGGAGAAGCCCAUCUUGUGUGUGCGGUGGUCGCGCAGUCGCCCCGCCGUCUUCUAUGUGCUGGACUCCCAGUCAAAGCUGUACGUGUUCGACAUCAUUGAGCACAGCUCCGUGCCUGUACAGACCAACACGAUCACAUCGGGCAGAGUGGUUUCCAUGUGUUUAUCGAAUGACCCAAAGGUCACGGGGCUCGGUUCAGUGUCCCGCCCACCACAGAUGCUUCUUUCUUUUGACGAUGGCCGCACAGAAAUCCACACGAUCAAGAAAGAGCUUUCUGAACCACAGACUUUAGAGGAAGAAUUUCUUGAAAAAUAUGUUGACAAAUUUUGAUGUGUCAUGCAGUAUGAUCAUUGCUAUGAACAUUUGAUAAGUAUCUCCAGCAAAAUUACAGGAGUCUGAAAAAUAGAGAAAUGAAGAUGUAAUAGCAUUUGGUUUUUUAAUAAAACAUCGAGAACAGAAAAAACAUCCUUUACAAAUAUUGGAGUUAAUUCCCUUUGAUUCGUGAAUGGACGUUGAUUGAUGCAAGAAUUAUAAAACUUGUUCAAUAUAAAAUCUUUAAAAAAAAAUCCAAAAUGGUAUUACAGUAAGGAAAUUAUACAUUUGGGGGGUGAGUGUCUAGACUGGCGAGAUAAUUUUUUAGGGGGUUCAGUUCUUGCUCCCCCAGAAAACAGAAACAUUGCUGCUUUGACUGGUGGUGGGUGGGGAUGGGGAGGGGGUCAAUCAGUGUGCUGGUCUAGGCUAAAUGAUACAUUAAGAUGAUAUUCAUCCAGUACCAUAGGUCAAUCAGAAUGUAGUCCGUCCAGUAUUUAAAUUUUCAGUUUUUCUAGAUUACAGGGCGCAAUGUUUCACGAGAACCAUUAUUCUGUUUGCGUGUCGGUUACGCAAACUUCAAAAUCACAUGAACCGCCAAUCGGUUACAUGGUGAACAAAUUACGUCCUCAAAUUAUAAGUACCAUAUAUCAGUAGUCUAUUUGAAAAUCAGUUUAUUUUUUUAAAUACAUUUCAACCACUAAUGUAGUACAGAAUCGUAGUUCAAGUGUUUUGGGAUUAGGUAGGUCUAACUCAUCGGUAAUGUGAAUAUAGUUCAUGUAGCCGAACAAUCUGUUAUCCAAGUAAACCUAACAUGAACCGACUUCUGAUUACUUAAGAUUUUGAAGUAUUGUCCCCUGUAUUAUGAUGGUGUACCUUCUAAACAAAAGGAUAUUUGCACCAACAUUUUUAAAGUUGUAUGUAUGAAAGUGCCUCAGAGUUAUGCUUGUGUAAAGCAGUAAAAAUAAGACGGUGAAAAAUAUGUCAAUAACAGAAAGUUAACACCAUAUCAGUCCACUUUUACACCACCACCCAAGAAAGAUAGAAAGAAAACAAUUUCCACAUCUAAUCACUGUGUACUUCUUCAUUGAAAAGUAUGGAAACAUGAUGGGUUUAAAUAAUAGUGGGAGACUCGACACACAUCCACGCUUCCUCAUUAUUCACAUUCAGUUACAAGGAAAGUUGUGAAUAUCAUCAUUCUCAAUUCACAAGUUGUGAAGAGCAUUCAGUUGACAAAAUAACAUGGUUUUGACUUGUGAACUGGGGUAGGAUUUUCUGUCUCAAUCUUCACAACUCGUGUAAAAAGAACAUAGGGGAACGAACACAAAUUGGAUUAGAGACUGGAGUGACUAAGGCCCAGUAAUGGUUUUUGGGACUUUUAUUGCAGUUUUUCUAAGUGUUAUGUUAUGUGAGCAUGUUGACUGUAUUUUGUCCAAUGAUGAACACAAAAAUGCAAGCUUUGAUCAACCAAAAACACCUCCUCCACUCCCUGCUUCCUACGCUUGUGUAAAAGUAAAAUGCUGAAACUAUCUACCGUCCAUUAUUUAAUUUUAUUGAGUGUAUAUUGCCUUGCAAUUGUGUGAAUUUGUUGGACUUGGUGCACUUUGUUAAAAUUUAUUUCAACAUGCAUAAAUUAACAUUCCAUGCUGGUGUGUAUAGUAAAUUGUCAUAGGCGUUGGAAGCUGGAGAGGGGGUGGAGGAAAGUGAGAACUGGUACUGUGAAGCUGGAGGGGCAGUGGAAUGCAUUGCUCCUCCUCCCCCCCCCCCCCCCCCCCCCCCACCAGCUGAAAAGUGAUCUAAAUAUGGAAUUGAAAGAAUAUUGGCAUCUCCCAAUGCCUAUGGUCGUCAGUUCUUUUAAAACACAGGUUGAUUCAGAACACUCUUCAAACCACCAUAGGCUUGGUCAUAAAGUGUAAAUUAUUUAUAAUGUAUUAUCCUUCGACCACUACUGUAUAUAAUAUAUACUUGUCUGUACAUUACUUGAUAUCUAUUUAUUACAUUCUUGCAGCCGAUUAUUUUUGUGAAAAUAUUAUUGUGUAUAAAGCAGUAAAGCCGUCCACACCUUUA